AUGGCGGAGCCAACCUCCGUCGGGGUGUUUCUGAGCAGCGAUGUGGACCUCGACGUGAGGCUGAAGGUCGGUGGGCUGUACGGACGACUGCCCGCGAGCCACCUGACAAGGGAUGGGCGGACCGAGCUGAGCGUCAGCUUCCAGCUCUUCUCGGAGAACCAACCUCUGACGACAGCCAUCAGUACUACCGCUGCGCUGUACCAGGAAGGCUCGGUGGACUGGUCCGAGACGCUCUUCUUCCCUCUGAAGUAUCGAGAUCUGUCCGCCGAAGCGUGGCUCGAAAUCAUGGUCCACGACGCGAGGGACAUCCUUCGACGGGAGGUCAUCGGAAGGGCGGCCUUCCGCUUGUUCGACGAGAAAUCCUCGCUCCGGAGAGGAAAUCAGCGCAUGUUCCUAGAGCGCACGCACGGGGGGGUGAUCGCGAAAGAGGCGGCUUCGAUGAAGCCGUCGUCCCAGAGUUUGGGGGAUAUGGGCAAAAUCGAGGCGCGCCUGAAGAGCUACGAGCAGGGCGAGAUGCCGGAGCUCGAUUGGCUGGACAAGCUGACGUUCCGGCGUAUAGAUGAGAUCCAGAAGGCACAGCGGGCGGCGCAGUUCGCGAGCGGGCACCUCGAAAUUCGCGUCGAGCUACCGACCUUCUCGGCCCCGGUGAUCUUUCACGAGCAGACGCCGCUCUCCUCGCACAACACCAAACCGCAGUGGGACCAGCUCAUAUGGCUGAUCGACAGCGAGGUCAACCUGGGACUCGAGAAUCCCGCGGAGCGUAAGCACCAAAAGCUGACGCGCAGCGUUGCGCGCGGGGUGGUAGAUCACGAUUUGAAACCGAACGGCGAGGAGAGGAGGAGCCUGGCAACAGCCAUCGCGUUGCCGCCGACGAGACUUUUGGGAGCGGAACACAAGGCCUUGCUGUGGAAGUUUCGGUUUUCUCUCCGCACUGAAUCCGGAGCGCUGACAAAGUUUCUCAAGAGCGUUGACUGGGGAGAUAGCGAGGAGGCGAGGGCCUCCAUCGAGCUCAUGUAUCAGUGGGCACCCAUUGACCCGGCGUCUGCCCUGGAGCUUCUCUCUCCGACAUUCACCGACUCGGAGGUGCGAAAGUACGCUGUGUCCGUCCUCUCAGACGCCGCAGACGACGAGUUGCUGUGUUACCUGCUGCAACUGGUGCAGGCCCUGAGAUACGAGAGCGAGGACGACAGCCAGCUCGCGAGGUUCUUGGUGAAUAGGGCGGUUGCGAACCCAGUUCUGGCAAACUUUUUGCACUGGUACCUGGUGGUGGAGUGGGAGGAUCCCAGCUUUGCCCCGCGCUCAUCGCACACGCACCAGCUCCUCGAGGAGGCGUGUAUGACUAUGGGUCCCAAGGGUGAAGAAUUGUGGGACAGUCUCAGGAGACAGAGCGAGCUCAUGGCCCAGUUGACGGCCAUUACGCGCGAGCUGAGCGGAAUGAGGGGCCAGCCGAAGAAGGUUGAGAGGCUCAGGACGAUUCUCUCUGACGACGGGUCCUGCAGUGAGCUGGCAUCCUUCACCCGAGCUCUACCCCUGCCAAUUGACCCGACGUCGAACGUGAGCGGUAUCGUGCCGGAAGAGAGUAAGGUGUUCAAAUCCGCCCUCAGCCCGCUGAAGCUCGCGUUUCGCACCACAAGCAACGGGCGCGCGAACAUGAUCUUCAAGAAGGGCGAUGACCUCAGGCAAGAUCAGCUUUGCGUGCAGAUGAUCUCACUAAUGGAUCGCUUGCUGAGGCGUGAGAACCUGGACCUCAAGCUCACCCCGUAUAGGGUGCUGGCCACCGGCAGCGACACCGGUCUGAUCGAGUUUGUCCCGUCGCAAGCGGUUGCCGAUAUCCUGGCUGAGCACAAGACGCUGACGCGGUACAUCGCCCUGAACAACCCGGAUCCCGACGGGCCUUACGGUUGCUCGCACAAGUCGCUCAUGUCGUUCGUCAAGAGCUGUGCGGGGUACUGUGUGAUCACCUACAUCCUGGGAGUUGGCGAUCGUCACCUCGAUAACCUGAUGCUCGCGCCGGACGGCAGGAUGUUCCACAUUGACUUUGGCUUCAUCAUGGGACGCGAUCCUAAAAUCUUCCCACCGCCUAUGAAGCUGUGCAAGGAGAUGGUGGAGGCCAUGGGCGGCACGGAGAGCGAGUACUUCGGCAAGUUCAAGACGUACUGCUGCGAGGCGUAUAAUAUUCUGCGCAAGAGCGUGGUUCUCAUCCUGAACCUCUUCAGCCUCAUGGCUGACGCCAACAUCCCGGACAUCAGCCAGGAUUGCGAGAAAGCGUUGCUGAAGCUCGAGUCCAAGUUUGCGCUUGACCUCGACGACGAGGCGGCGAUGCAGCACUUCCAGGUUCUCAUAAACGAGUCCACGAAUGCAUUAUUCCCACAAAUUUUUGAGACGACUCACCGCUGGGCGCAGUACUGGCGAUGA